AUGGAGCUCAUUCUUUGUUUCCUGGUGCUUGCGCUGACGAGCUGUGUGUCGGCUGUUGUGACGUUCCUACAGCCUACAGCCGGUGCAGAGAUUCAAGGAGGAGAGUCUUUCACCGUGCAAUGGAUACUGGAGGAUGGCACAAUCCCCGCCGCAAACCUUACGACCUACAAGCUGGCGCUGUGUGCCGGUGGUAAUAACGCCAGCUCGCAAGCUGUACUCAGCACCCUCGUCCAGUCCGCCGCUUUUUCCAACAAUACAGAGCUUUCCGAGAACAUCGAGACCUCCAUUGGGGGCAGCGACAUCAAUGCGUAUUUCUUCAUGCUCGUCACGAAUUAUACAGGCGGCGGCACGAUAACUUCCUUCUCCUCACGCUUCACUCUGUCAUAUAUGCACGGCACCUUCGACUCGACUGUCCUCGCGGGGAUACAAUUCAUGUCGGCCAGCACAACGGGGCCUACCGAAAUCCUAGACAUCCCGGAUAGUACUGGAACCCCGACAGCUACAUCCUCAUUAUCAAGUUCUGGAUCGCCCACAGCAAGUUCGAGCUCAACAGCAACUACUUCGCCCACCACAUCCGCCGGCCUGAGCAAAAGCGGCGUAGUCGGAUUGGCACUUGGCGUUCCCCUAUGUAUGAUGGGGCUUGCCCUGGCUGGCUAUCUCUUAUAUCAGCACCGCAAGAAACGAUCCGAGAGACCCUGGAAGCUCAUGGGAUCAGAGCUCGACUUGACAUCAGCCAGAGCGGAACUCGACGCGAGACCCUCAGAAGCCGAAAUGCAUACGCCGGCGAAUGUCCAUGAGAUUGGAGACAGCAAGGAACUCGCUGUUGAAUUGCCGGGGUGA